AUGUCGAACAAUAACUGCAUGUUGAUUUUUCACAACUUGAUCACAAGGAAGAUGGGAAUCGGUGCAAUGUUUGACGUGCCCGAUGAGGAGAAUUCUGCAUCAGUUGGUCUUGAUGGGGAUUGUAAUGGUAAGAGGUCUAAACACGUAUGGUCGAAGGUGGAGGACGCUAAGUUUGUGGAAGCUCUAUUGUAUUUGGUGGAUACCGGUUGGAGGUCCGACAAUGGGACGUUUCGACUAGAAUACCUACAACACUUGGAGCGAAUUCAUCAUGAGAAAGUGCUCGGGUGCGCACUGAAUCAGAACACCAUUGAGUGCAAGGUGAGGAGUCUGAAGAAACAAUGCAACGCAGUAUCAGAGAUGUUAAGUCAGUCGGGGUUCGACUGGAACGAGGAGUUCAAAUGUGUCCAGGUCGAGAGGGAGAUUUUCGAUCCUUGGGUUCGAAGUCAUCCCAAUGCGAAGGGGAUGUGGAACAAGCCAUUCCCACAUUACGAUGACCUGUCCACCGUAUUUGGGAAAUACAAAGCAGUAGGGCAAUCAAGUGAGGACCCAUAUGUGAUGACGACGAAUGCAUUCAGAGAGUUUGAAGAUGAGAUUCGACUUGGAUCACAGGACUGUCACACACCUGAGAGCACACACAUGGGUAGACUUGCAUCAUGGCAAAAGGAGAAGUAUGAGCUGGAGUUCGGGCGUCGGAAGGAAGUAGUAAAUGCCAUAUACAACAUUGAUGGCCUGGAUGAGGAUGAUCAGGUCACCCUUAUUGACCUCCUUGUCACAGACAUUCAGAAGACAAAUUGCUUCCUUGCAGUACCAGAACACGCACGGAAGAGGUACUGCCUCCGUCUACUAGGAAGAAACAUGUAG